ACGUUUUAUGCUAUAAAUAGGAAUAAAAAGGGGAAAAAGGUAGCGGUGCCCCGAGGAAGGGAGGGAAGAGGAGGACGGGGCAGGGGUGCGCAGCGUCUGCGGAAGCGGGAGUGCAUGGAGGGGGCUGCUGGCAGAGGGGGGCUGAGCUGCGCUCGGCCUCAGCCCGGCGGGAGCUAGCUGCCAGGGCGAUGCUGCACGGCCCCGCCGCCAUGGGGGAGCCGUGGCAGCCGCAGCCGCAGCAGCAGCAGCGGCUCCCGGGGCUCGGCAACGCCUCGGAACCCAGCGCUUGGCCCUCAGCGGCGGGAGGGCCGGGAACGGCGGCUCCGGGAAGCGACGGCGGGGCCGGGCCCGGACCCGGGAGCGAAGCAGGAGCUGGGGGAGCUGUCAGCCCCUGGGACAUCGCUCUGUGCGCUACGGGGACGGCGGUGGCCGGGGAGAAUGCUUUGGUGCUGGCCGUGCUUUUCUACACGCCGAGCCUGCGGGCUCCCAUGUUCCUGCUGAUCGGCAGCCUAGCCCUGGCCGAUUUACUGGCCGGACUGGGGUUAGUGGCCAACUUCGCCGUGCGGUACCUGCUGCGACCUCCCAGCGAGGCGGCGGAGCUGGGGGCUGCGGGGCUGCUGCUGGCCGCCUUCUCCGCCUCGGUCUGCAGCUUGCUGGCCAUCACGGUGGAUCGCUACCUGUCCUUGUACAACGCGCUGACCUACCACAGCGAGCGCACGCUGGGCUUCACCUGCGCCAUGGUGCUGCUGAUGUGGCUGCUGUGCCUGGGAGUGGGGCUCCUGCCCCUCCUGGGCUGGAACUGCCUGAGGGACCAGAGCUCCUGCAGCAUCCUGCGGCCCGUCACCAAGGACAACGCGGCGGUGCUGGCCGUCACCUUCCUUCUCCUCUUCGCCCUCAUGAUGCAGCUUUACCUGCAGAUCUGCAAGAUCGCCUUCCGGCAUGCCCAGCAGAUUGCCGUGCAGCACCAGUUCAUUGCCACGGCACAGGCCACCUCCACCCGCAAAGGGCUCUCCACCCUCUCGCUCAUUCUGGGCACCUUCGCCCUGUGCUGGAUCCCCUUUGCCAUCUACUCCUUGGUGGCCGAUUCCAGCUACCCCGUGGUCUACACCUACUCCUUGGCGCUGCCUGCUACCUGCAACUCCCUCAUCAACCCCAUCAUCUACGCCUUCAGAAACCCAGACAUCCAGAAGUCUCUCUGGCUGGCCUGCUGUGGUUGCAUCCCUUCCACGUUCUCCUCCAGACCAAGGACAUCCAGCGAUGUGUGAGGACUAAGCACGGAGCGAGACACGCUCCCUUGCUCUUCUCCUCCUCCUCCUUCUCCUCCUCCUUUUCCCUUCUGUCGUUAUUGUUUCCUACCGGGAGGAGCCCCCCCAGCCAGCCCAUCUUGUUCCAUGAAAAGAUGGUGAAAAAGAGGGAAAAAAAAAAAGGAAAAAAAAGAAGGGGGAAAGAAAGAGAGAGGGUAGAAUGAAAAUGGUUUCCUUUAGAAAUGUUAUUUUCUUACACAUUUUAUUUUUUAUUUAAAAACACAAAACACCAAAAAAAAAAGG